CAUUCUUUACUUGCUCUCGGAGAAACCGAAAAAGCCGCCUCCUCCAUCACUUACCCCACUACAUCAACAAAGUAUCUCUCUUUACCUCUAUAUAUAUAUAUAUAUACAUAUAUAAAAAUGGACGUAAUUCCCGAAACAACUAGUGUGGGGGAUUUUGACGGAGAGAAGGCAGUAGUGGUGGCUAAAGAUGGCGAGUGCAAGCGGGAGCAAGGGCGAGGUGGGCCUGCCCAAGUCGCUGUCGAAGCGGGUGACUAGGCAACCGACGAUGAUGGACUUCGGCGCGGCUGAGAACGACAUCGACAGCGAGCUGGUUCCGCCGUCGCUUGCGUUUAUUGCACCCAUCCUCCGCGUUGCAAAUGAGAUCGAGAAGGAUAACCCUAGGGUCGCUUAUCUCUGCCGCUUCCAUGCAUUUGAGAAAGCUCAUCGGAUGGAUCCGACAUCAAGUGGACGGAGGGUUCGCCAGUUCAAGACCUACAUGUUACCCAGACUUGAGAAGGAAGGAGAGGAGACAAGACCUCAGCUUGCAAAGAAUGAUCCAAAAGAAAUCCAAAAAUACUAUCAGAAUUUUUGUGAAAAGAACAUCAGACAGGGCCACUAUACAAAAACACCGGAUGAGAUGGCUAACAUAUUUCAGAUUGCUACGGUGUUGCAUGAAGUGCUGAAAACAGUUGUACCACAUGGAAAAAUUGAAGACGAGACACAAAGAUAUGCCCGAGAAGUUGAGGAGAAAAGACAUCCACACUUCAAUAUUCUCCCUCUAGAUACUCUUGGGGUCAAACCAGCAAUUAUGGAACUUCCCGAGAUCAAAGUGGCUAUUCAAGCUCUGCACAAUGUGGACAAUCUUCCUAUUCUUGAGGACAAGGACAAGUCUUCCGUUGAUAUUCUUCAUUGGCUUUCCUCAAUAUUUGGGUUUCAGGAAGGUAAUGAGGCAAAUCAACGGGAGCACUUAAUAAUGCUACUUGCAAAUAUCGAUGUGAGAAACAAUAAUUACACUGGGGGCUCUGUCCAGUUGAAAAUUGCCACCGUAAAAAUUCUGAAGGAUAAAAUUUUCAAAAACUACCGCUCGUGGUGUGAUUAUUUGCACCUCAAACAUAACCUGCAUACUCCACCGGGUUCUAAUAAACAACAGCUCGAGCUUAUCUACACUGGACUAUAUCUUCUUAUCUGGGGUGAAGCCUCAAAUAUUCGAUUUAUGCCUGAGUGCCUUUGCUAUAUUUUUCACAAUAUGGCAAAGGAGAUUCAUGAAAUUAUAUUUAGGAAACACCACCCUGUAGCACGUGACAGAGAGUCAUUUCUGCGGGAUGUUGUGGUUCCUAUUUAUGAGGUCAUACGGAAGGAAGCAAGGAAAAACAAAGGUGGUAAAGCAAGUCAUUCGGCAUGGAGAAACUAUGACGAUUUAAAUGAAUAUUUCUGGUCUCGCAAAUGUUUUAAAUUGGGUUGGCCAAUGGACCCCAAAGCAGAUUUUUUUGUAAAUUCAGAUGAGAAACAACCUCCACAUGCGGUCACUUCAGGGAAGAGGAAGCCUAAGACUAAUUUUGUUGAAAUCCGUACAUUUUGGCACCUUUACAGAAGUUUUGACCGGUUGUGGAUAUUCUUUAUAGCGACUUUCCAGGCCAUGGUGAUUGUUGCAUGGAGUGGAUCUCUUGCUAACAUUUUCGAUGCGGAUGUCUCUAAACAUGUUUUGAGCAUUUUCAUUACUUCUGCUUUUCUCAAUUUUUUUCAAGCGACACUUGAUAUAAUCCUUAGUUGGCAUGCCUGGGGAAGCUUGAGAUUUUCUCAGAUCCUUCGCUACCUUCUGAAAUUUGCGGUUGCAGCUUUUUGGCUUGUAGUCCUGCCAAUAGCUUAUUCCAAAUCUGUGCUGAAUCCAACAGGACUGGUGAAAUUCUUCAGUCAAUGGACCGGAAAUUGGAGGAACCAGUCAUUUUAUAGCUAUUGUGUUGCUAUUUAUUUGUUGCCAAAUGUAUUGGCGGUCUUACUAUUUUUCGUUCCACAUUUGCGGAGAUGUUUGGAGCGUUCAAACUGGCAGAUAAUUGUUCUCAUGAUGUGGUGGGCACAGCCAACGCUGUAUGUUGGUAGGGGAAUGCAUGAAGGAAUGUUCGCACUUCUGAAGUAUACACUGUUUUGGAUCAUGCUGCUAAUAAGCAAGCUUGCAUUCAGCUAUUAUGUGGAGAUAUCGCCGUUAGUUAAACCAACAAAAGCGAUCAUGAGGAUCACUGUCAGUAACUAUGAAUGGCACGAGUUUUUCCCAAACGUGACUCAUAAUAUUGGUGUCGUUAUUGCGGUAUGGGCUCCAAUUGUCCUGGUCUAUUUCAUGGAUACACAAAUCUGGUAUGCUAUAUAUUCAACCAUUUUUGGUGGAAUUUAUGGAGCUUUCAGCCACCUGGGUGAGAUACGGACACUUGGGAUGCUGCGGUCCAGAUUUGAUUCUGUUCAUUCCGCUUUCAGUGAGUGUCUUGUUCCAUCAUCAAAAAGGGAGGGGGAGAGGGAAAGGGAAAGACAUAACAUGGGUGGUUCAUCAGAAAUAAAGGAUAUUGCGAAAUUUUCGCUGAUGUGGAACGAAUUCAUACUUUCUAUGUGGACAGAAGACUUGAUCAGCAAUAGAGAAAGGGAUCUGCUACUUGUACCAGAUUCAUCAAGUCAAAUCUCUGUUGUCCAGUGGCCUCCUUUCUUGCUUGCUAGCAAGAUUCCGAUUGCAUUAGACAUGGCAAAAGACUUCAAGAGAAAUUCUGACACUGAGUUGUUGAAGAAGAUUGAGAAUGAUGAAUACAUGCGUUCAGCAGUGAUUGAAUGUUACGAGACACUAAGGGAUUUAUUAUACAAUCUUCUGGAAGAUGAAGGGGAUAGGAAGUUCAUUACUCUGAUAUGCAAUGAAGUAGAAGCUAGUAUCAAACAGAGAAAAUUUCUCGGUAACUUUCGAAUGAGUGCGAUGCCACCCCUUAGUGAUAGAUUGGAGAAGUUUCUAAAAAAUUUGCUAAACGAAGACGAGUCAGAUGCCGAUAUCGGGUUAUACGAAUCCCAGAUCAUCAAUGUCCUGCAGGAUAUAAUGGAGAGUAUCUAUAAAGAUAUUAUGGUUAAUGGGCGUGAAAUCCUGGAGACAGCUCACCCACACCAUCUGGAUAAUCAGAAUGGGAAAAAAGAGCAGAAGUUCGAAAAGAUAGAUAUUGGCCUCACAAAACAAACAGUUUGGAAGGACAAGAUUCGUAGACUUCAGUUACUUUUGACUGAAAAGGAAUCUGCCAUGAAUGUGCCAAUGAAUCUGGAAGCUCGCCGCCGUAUGACUUUCUUUACGAACUCCUUAUUUAUGAAUAUGCCAAAAGCUCCAAAAGUUCGUGACAUGCUCUCAUUCAGUGUCCUAACUCCAUAUUACAACGAAGAGGUUCUUUAUUCUGCGGCUGAACUUGAUCACAAAAAUGAGGAUGGGAUUUCCAUUUUGUUUUACCUAAAGAAGAUAUAUCCUGAGGAGUGGGAAAACUUUGAAAAGCGCAUAGAGGAUCCAAAACAUGGGUUUCCAAAAGAUGACAGGGUGGAAUUAAUUCGUCAUUGGGUAUCGUAUAGAGGGCAGACACUUUCUAGAACAGUCAGAGGAAUGAUGUACUACAGGCAAGCUCUUGAACUUCAAUCCUUCCUGGACUAUGGUGGAGAUAGUGCUAUUUUGAGCGGAUACCGGACCAUUGACAAAAAUAGUAGGCUUCAUAAGGAUGUCAGGGAAUAUGCACGUGCUUUGGCAGAUCUGAAGUUCACCUAUGUUGUGUCUUGUCAGAAAUAUGGUGCUCAGAAAGCAUCCAGUGUUCCCAAAGAUAGAAGUUGUUACUUGAACAUUCUGAAUCUCAUGACUAAGAAUCCAUCUUUACGCGUUGCUUAUAUAGACGAGGGAGAGAAAACCGUGAAUGGAAAAUCUGAGAAGGUUUAUUACUCUGUUCUUAUCAAGGGUAUCAAGAGUGGGGAUUUUAAUUUAGACCAGGAAAUAUACCGCAUCAAGCUUCCAGGUCCUCCAACAGAGAUCGGGGAAGGGAAACCUGAGAAUCAAAACCAUGCCAUUAUUUUCACCCGUGGAGAAGCUCUACAGACCAUAGACAUGAAUCAGGAUAACUACCUUGAAGAAGCUUUCAAAAUGAGAAAUGUGUUGGCAGAGUUUUGGAAAACUCAUCACGGGCAGCGACAACCAACAAUAUUGGGCCUAAGGGAGAAUAUUUUUACUGGAAGUGUUUCAUCACUCGCCUGGUUCAUGUCCAAUCAGGAGACAAGUUUUGUGACCAUUGGCCAACGAGUUCUGGCAAACCCUCUAAGGGUACGAUUCCAUUAUGGUCACCCAGAUAUAUUUGACAGAAUCUUUCACAUAACACGGGGUGGCAUAAGCAAAGCUUCCAAGACUAUUAACUUGAGUGAGGACAUAUUUUCAGGUUACAAUUCAACUCUACGUGGAGGAUAUGUAACCCAUCAUGAAUAUAUCCAAGUAGGCAAGGGGCGUGAUGUGGGAAUGAAUCAGAUAUCACUUUUUGAGGCUAAGGUUGCAAAUGGAAAUGGAGAGCAGACACUUAGCCGUGAUGUCUAUCGGCUUGGACGCCGGUUUGAUUUCUACAGAAUGUUGUCAUUCUACUUCACAACAGUUGGUUUCUACUUUAGUAGCAUGGUUACGGUGCUUACAGUAUAUGUAUUCUUAUAUGGACGUUUAUACAUGGUAUUGAGUGGGUUGGAAAGGCGAAUCAUGGAGGAUGCAACCAUUAAUGAAAACAGGGUCCUUGAACAGGCUUUGGCUACCCAAUCUCUAUUUCAGCUGGGAUUGCUCUUGGUGCUGCCUAUGGUAAUGGAAAUUGGUCUUGAGAGAGGGUUUCGCACUGCCCUUGGUGAUUUCAUCAUUAUGCAACUGCAGUUGGCCUCUGUCUUCUUUACAUUUCAGCUUGGAACAAAAGCCCAUUACUAUGGCAGAACAAUAUUGCAUGGAGGUUCCAAAUACAGAGCUACUGGCCGUGGAUUCGUUGUUUUCCAUGCAAAGUACGCCGACAACUACAGGAUGUACUCACGAAGUCACUUUGUGAAAGGGUUAGAAAUGGCUAUACUGUUGGUCGUUUACGAAGUCUAUGGUCGAGCCUAUCGUAGUUCCAGUUUGUACUUGUUCAUCACUUUCUCUAUGUGGUUCUUGGUUGCUUCCUGGUUGUUUGCACCUUUUAUAUUCAAUCCAUCUGGAUUUGACUGGCAGAAAACAGUUGAUGACUGGACAGACUGGAGGAGGUGGAUGGGAAACCGUGGUGGUAUUGGUAUCGCACAGGAUAAAAGUUGGGAAUCCUGGUGGGAUGGAGAACAGGACCACCUAAAAAGCACAAAUAUAAGGGGAAGGGUGCUUGAGAUAGUCCUUGCAUUUCGCUUCUUGAUUUACCAAUAUGGAAUUGUCUAUCACCUGGAUAUAGCUCAUGGCAGUAGAAAUAUUCUGGUUUAUGGACUCUCUUGGGUUGUAAUGCUAAUUGUUCUUGCAGUCUUAAAGAUGGUUUCGAUGGGAAGACGGAGGUUUGGCACGGAUUUUCAGCUCAUGUUCAGGAUUCUCAAAGCACUUCUGUUCCUUGGUUUCCUGUCCGUCAUGACAGUUCUAUUUGUAGUCUGUGGUCUCACUAUAAGCGACAUAUUUGCUUCUUUCCUUGCCUUCAUGCCCACGGGCUGGGCCCUUCUUCUGAUUGGACAAGUAUGUAGGCCAUGUUUGAAAGGCAUGAAAUUUGGACUAUGGGACUCGGUAUUGGAGCUAGGUAGAGGUUAUGACUACAUAAUGGGAGUGCUGCUUUUCAUGCCCAUAGUCAUACUAUCUUGGUUUCCAUUUGUAUCUGAAUUCCAAACGCGCCUCCUCUUCAAUCAAGCUUUCAGCAGAGGUCUCCAGAUAUCGAUGAUUCUUGCAGGGAAGAAAGACAAGGAAGACGAACUGCGGGAUGCAGAGAAGAACAGAACCAGCGCUGCAUAAGAGAAGAAAGACAAGACGGGCACUCACCGGUGAAACUUCUAACACCUCACUUUUAUCAUUUUUUGGGUUAACCAUAGUUAGCAUCUUGCUAUUUAAGUACUCCUUCAAUGUUCAAUAAGCUUUGGUAAUCUUUUCUUUUCUUUUUUGUGAUUCCUGUAGAAACAAAAAGAAAAUAGUGAUUGAAUUUAACAAGAAUGACUAAUUCCAUAUAUGAUAGCCAUGGUUGUUUAUUUAUUUUUUCA